UCGCGAAUUGCAGCUGGUUCGUAGAAGUGCCAGAAGCCCUGUGAACGAAUUUCCACGCCACUCAAUUCGUGGUUGUCUGUUGUUUGGCUUGUUAACGAUAAAACACGGUGUGUAGCCACUACCGUCACGGACAUUGUUUGGGUAAACAUUUCGUAGAUGAUACACAUGUUCGAACGCUUUCAGUCAUCAUCGGUGCGCGUAUCUCUGCUGGACGCGCGGGUGAUCGCAGGUUGUUUUCCCGCGUGGAGUACUCCGGGUAGUUCUUGGUGAAAGCUUGCCCGUUGUAGUUAAUCGUGAUUUUUCGUAGACAGAAGAAAGUGUGUUGGAGGAAGCAGGAGACGGUUUGCUGACAAUAAACAAAAAUGCUGCAACGGCAACUGGAAGAGCCGACAGUCAACAAUCUCUGGAACUAUCUGGUGUUUGUGGCAUUCGUGGUGGUCUCGGCAUUGAUUCCGAUUCGUAAGCGACUAUGCAGCCGAAAGGUGAAAACGAAGGAGGAUUACGUGUUCGGGGCGGGCCACAUCUCGAUGCUGGCGAUGAUGCUCUCCAUAACGCGUGGUACGCUGGGUGUCAUUUCGGUGCUUGGAUACCCGAGCGAAUUUUUCUACCGGGGAACUGCGAUGUGGGAAACGUUGUACGGGAUAAUCACCGCGUAUCCGAUAGUGUGUUUCGUCUUCAUUCCAGUGUAUUUCGAUCUCGGGAUAACCUCCGUUUAUCAGUACUUGGAACUAAGGUUCAAUAGUCGGCUGGUGCGUUGUCUUGCCUCGGGAACUUACAUUAUGCGUUCGUUGCUCAGUCUGGGAAUUACAAUCUACACCCCGACGGUGGCACUGAACACUAUCAUUGGAGUACCAUAUUGGGUUUCUCUUCUGUGCAUCACCUGCAUCAGUAUUUUCUUCAACGCUCUCGGAGGAAUGAAAGCCGCUGUAGCCGCGGACGUUAUUCAAAGCCUUAGCAUGACUGCAAUGCUAGUCGGCAUCGUGAUAUAUUGUACCAUUGAAAGUGGUGGAGUUACGAGGAUUUAUGAGAUUGGCAAAGAAAAUGGACGAAUGAAUUUUUUCAACUUUGCGGCUGAUCUACAUUUGAGGGUUACGACGACGUCUGCAUGGUUGGGCGAAUUGUUUAUGUCAUUGAGUCUGUUGGGCUGCCAGCAGAACUUCGUGCAGCGCUACUUGAGUAUGCCAACUUUCUGUAAGAUUAAAAGAACUAUGUUGGUCAACGUUCCGCUAGUGGCCGCUCUGUUCACCCUACCGUGGCUCGUCGGGAUGGGUAUUUUUGCUGUGUACCAUAAUUGUGAUCCGUUGAAAGCCGGAUUGAUUGAAAAGAUGGAUCAAAUUCUACCCUAUUUCAUAGUGGACUUUUUUGCCAAUGUGCCAGGAGUGUGGGGACUGUUCGUUGGAACUCUUUUCAAUGGAGCAUUGACGUUCAACAUUUCUACCUUAAACUCUCUUGCAACGGUGACAUGGGAAGAUUUUCUUUCGAUACUGCCUAGUAUGAGAAAGAAAAGCGACAGCUUUCAGUUAACUGUGAUAAAGAUUGUGGGUUCAGUGUAUGCCAUCAUUAUAAUGGGCGUUGGUUUUCUGGUUGGACUUCUUUCGGGAGUAAUAGAAUCAACAGUGUUGGUACUGUCGGCGACCUCGGGACCUUUGCUGGGAGUAUUCAUCUUGGCAAUGUUUGUUCCCUUUGCCAACUGGAAGGGAGCUGCACUGGGAAUGAUCGUCUCUCACGCUGUUACGAUGUGGAUCGUUGCCGGUCGAAUGAUGUAUGUGGAGUACAGUGACUCGUUACUGUCAACCUCAGUCGAAGGUUGUGUUUCUCAGAUGCAUCCAGAUUUCAACGAGACAGAAAACUUGUUGACAGCAAUCAGUCAAAACUCUUCGUUGCUGGAGGAAUCCAUUCUGUAUCGAUUAUAUUCUGUUUCGUACAUGUAUUACGGAGUAUUUGGAACCUUACUGACAGUGUCCAUAGGAAUAGUGUUUAGUUUAGCAACCUGGAGUAAAUUAGACGCUUAUAACACUAAAAUGCUGCAUCCAGCAGUUCGGUGGAUUCAUUCCCGAUCACCUUUCGGUGGUAAAAGAUUCGGGUCUUUUGAUUUGAACAAAAAUGAAAAGCCUCGACUGGCUCCCGUAGAGAAUGUGAUAUCGAAGGGAAUUUUGACGAACAGUUGAUGUAUUUCUUAAUUUAAGUGACAUGACAAAGAUUAGUUUUAUUUUAUUGUAAAUACAGUAUUCUUAUGUGUAAUUAAAUUUUAGAUCAGGAAAAUCAACAAAUAAUAAACAAAUGAGGUUGUAAUUAGA